CAAUUCUGGAGUUUUCAUUAGCUCCAGGUUCAGCCCACCUUGCCACCAGCCUUCAACUGUUGAGGUAUAAAAGCCAACAAGGAAAACAGACAAUCAGCAGUCGCUUUAAGAAUCUUGCCUACAACACAAUACCAAGAAGAAAAUGAAAUUCGUGAUUUGCUUCAGUUUUUGUGUCGUCUUGGCUGCGGGUGUUCAAAUCGUUCCUAAAACUCUGACACGCGAAAUCAGAGCGGACGUGCUUAGAGAUUUCCCUGGUGUUUGCUAUGCUUCCACUCAGUGUCGUACGUUUAAAGAGGGCGAAGAAUGGGAUCUCAAACCUUUCUGUGGAAAAUCCGUUUGUAUGAUGGGUGCUGACGGAAGUUUGAAGGAGCGCGUCAGUGAUUGCGGCCCCCCAGCCAAAGCAAACGCAGAGUGCAAAGUUUCGGCCAAUGCUACGCUCGCCUAUCCUGACUGUUGCCCAGUUUAUGAUUGCGCACCUGGAGUAGAACUGGAAUUCCCUGAAAUUCCAGUUCUGUAAACAACU